AUGGCUUUUUCUGUCUUUCUUUUUUUUCUUCCUUCCUUCCGCUCUUUCCUUCUUUCUUUCUUUCUUUCUUAUUAUUUUCUCGUCUUUUUCAAUUCAUUCUUUCUUUUUCUUUCUUUCUUUCUUAUGUCAUUUCUUCCAUUCACUCCUUCUUUCUUAAUAUUAUCGUUCUUUUCUGCUUUUAUUAUCAUUCUUUCUUUCUUUCUUUCUUUCUUUCUUUCUUUCUUUCUUUCUUUCUUCCACGGUUUCGUCGCGAUUUUAUUACUUUCUUUCCCUUUUUAUCCAUUUCUUCUUCUUUCCUUCUUUCUUAUUUUCUUCAUUUCUCAACUUCUUCCCGUUUUUAAUACUUUCCAUUCUUUCGUUCACUGCUUAUUUCUUUAUUUUCCUGUUAAUCUUUAUCUAUUUUCUUUCUCCCUCCUUUCUUUCUUUCUUUCUUUCUUUCUUUCUUUCUUUCUUUCUUUCUUUCUUUCUUUAUCUUAUCUUAUUAAAGUGAUAAUGUCACUAACACUCAAUGGGAUCUUUUGUUUUGCGCAUCUAUCCAACGUCUGUUUUCCUUCCUUUCUUUCUUUCUUUCUUUCUUUCUUUCUUUCUUUCUUUUGUAUUUCUUUCCUUCUUUUUUUUUCUUUCUUUCUUUCAUUUUUUUUCCUAAAAGUAUAUACUGUGUAA